AUGGAAUAAGAUUCAAAAUUGAGUUAGUUCAUAUCUCCAAGAUAGAAUGCAUAACAAUUCUUAGAUUAAAGUGAAACACAAAAAGCAAAUGAAUCUUAACAAAAAAUGAUUUCAAAGAGUAGAAUUUAGAAAUUUAGAACAGAAGACUUCUCUUUAAGAAGAAAACUACAAAAUCAAAGCUUUUUUGGAAAAAUGAAAGUAAUAUGUAAAGGGAUGCAAUAAUAUAUUUACAUAUUAUUAGAAGACCCUAACUCUUCUUUAAUAGCUUAUUGUUUGCAAUUCCUAUUACUAACGAGUAUAUUGUUAUCUUGCAUAGCAAUUAUUGUAGAUUCAUUAAUGGAGAACAGUAUGAUUAUUGAUUUAAAUAUAGAUAGUAAUUCUUAAUAUGAUGACAUUUCAUUUUAUUUAGAAUAUUAUCUAUUCAUAUUCUUUGGUUUAGAAUACAUAUUAAGAAUGUUUAGUUCAACGGCUUUUGAUUCAAAAUUAAUGGGAUUUAUAUUAUCUCCCUUGAAUUUAAUAGAUUUGCUUGCAAUUAUGCCUUUCUUAUUUAAUUUAAUAUUUGAAGGGGCAAGCUUAUCUGGUUUAAGAGUGAUUAGAAUUAUAAGAUUUAUGAGAGUAUUUAGGCUAUUUAAACUUUCAAGGUUUAUGAAGGAUAUGUUAAUGAUUGUAAAUAUAUGAAUCACUUAAAAAGAUAGAUACAGUAAAGCAUUCAGCUAAAGACAUAAUAAUUUUGAUUACUAUGUUCUUAUUUUUGGUUCUAUUUUUCUCAAUUGUUAUGUAUUAUUUGGAAUAUGAUGAAAAUAAUAUUAUUGAAGAUGAAUAGAAAAUUAAUUCAAUAUCUGAAGCUGUUUGGUGGUGUAUUGCAACUAUGACAACAGUUGGAUACGGUGAUAAGGUGCCUUUGAGUGUCCCUGGAAAAUUUGUAGCUUGCAUAGCAGCUUUUUUUGGAAUUACAUCUAUAUCUUUGUACAAGAUAUUAAUUUUAAAUAGACCUGUUGCAGUUAUGGGAAUGAACUUAACUUAAACAUUGAAAGAGCAUGAAGAAAAUAUAGAAAUUUAAAAAUUGAAGGAUCAAUUUGUUAUGGAGAAUGAUACAGAAUUAAUUAAUAAUAAAAGAGAAUAAACAUAAUUAAAUCUUAAGGAAUUAAAAUUUAUGGAAAGACGUUUAGAAUAAUUAUUGGAAAAUAAUUAGAAGGUUAUGGAUUAUGUAGAAUAAUCUCAAAAAUUAUUUGAUGAAGUGACUUAAGAUUUAAUGAGUUUAUAUUCAGCCUUGACUGAAUAAUUAGAUCUCCAUAUUGAAACAAAAAUGAAAAAUCUUAAAGCCAGACAUCGAGUAACUUUAGUUUCUAUUUAUAUAGAUAAUGAAAAUGGAAAAGAAUCUUAAUCAAAAGAAAUCCAUAGAAUUGAGUCAAAUAGUAUCAGCAUUUAAAGAGAAAUAGAAAUUGAUUUCUUAAGGAUCUAUACUAAUGUGUGAAGAGAGUUAAGCUGAUGUUUUUAGUAUUGCAAGUAGACAAAGCAAAUAAUAUACUGCAAGAAAGAGUUAAAAAUUAAGAAGCAAAAAUUCUAGAGGCUCCUAUUUAUGUGUCAUUAAUAAUAGCAAUCAUAACCCUUUUAAAACUCAGACAGAUUAUAAUGAUCCAGAUCCUCAUUAAAAUAGUAUUAUAUAUGCUUAGGUAAGUUCAAGGAAUUCUGCUUUAAAUUAAGAUAUGCUUAUCGGUGGGAAUGCAGAAUUCAAAUUCAAUUUGGAGGAAUCAAGUGGCAAUAUAGAUGAAGAAGAUGAUAAUGAUAAUGGAGUAGAUCUAAGCAGUAAAAUGUAAAGUAUCUCAAACAUUUAAGACUUUAAAUUGAAAAAUAGUAUUAAAAAUAAUAAUAUAUGAACUGCUUUGAUUAAUAAUUUUUUGAGUAUUAAUCUACUGACUCCAAGGCUAUUGAUCAACGAUAUUCUUAAUUUAAUGACAUUAAAUACAUAAAAAAAAGUAAUGAAUUCAUCCAAGAAACUAAUACUACUAAUUAAGAAUAAUGUGUUUAUAUAUCAAAUAAUUAUUAUUAUGCAACACAAGGUCCAUUUAUAUAUAAAGUUGCAUAUGCUUGUAAUGCCUUUGAAUUUAUUAAUGGAUUGAAAUGGUAUAAUUUUAAGGGUUUUGGUAUUGAUGAAAAUCUAUAUUUAAAAAUAAAAACCUACAGUCUUAUAUAUGACAAAUGUGUUAACAAUGAUGAACUAAUAAAAUAUUUUCAUAAAAUCCUUCAAUUAGUUUGGAUUGAUACAUCAAUUGAAAAAUUAUAAGCUGCUCGAUUACUAUAUAAUUAGAUCAAUAAAAAUGAAUAAAAAUAAUUGACAGAUAAGUAAAUCUGUGAUUUAUAUUCUAAUCUUUUAUCAAAAAUAAAAUCAUUAAGUAUUACAUAAUUAUUAUCCAUAAUAUAAUAGAAAAUAAAUAAACCUUUAAAUAGAGAGUUCAUAUUAUGAAAAUAGACUUUGUAAUAUUCCAACUCUAUGAAUAUCAACAUUUUCCUGAUUUCAAAAAAAAUUGCAAUGUGUAUUUAUUUAUCUUUAAUAUAGAUGUAAAGCCUGUUAAUAACAUAAAUCAAAGUAUUUUUGUGGAGGUUGUUUUAUAUUUACAGGUAAAAGAUGGAGUUUAUGUUUGGAUGGGUGCUUUAGUAAAUUUCAUUAGGAUCCAAGUAAAUAUUUAAUUAGAAAGAGAAUGAAAUAUAUUAAAUGA